AUGUUAUGGCGGAUUGUCGUGUUUUAUAUAAUAAUGAUAUAUUAUUUAUUAAUAUUGUCGUGUCUGUGCUGUGUUUGUGUGAACAGCCAUUUAGAAUUGGACGAAGGUUCUGAAUGCAUAUCGAAUACAACCAGGAAGGGACAAAACGGUCGAUGUGUUAAUGUACAUAGAUGUCUGGGCUAUCUCAUAGACAAAAGGCAAAAUAAACAAUCACCGAUAUGUUCGUAUCAAGGCGAGACGCCGAUAAUAUGCUGUACCGAUUGCAACCUGGUUGAGGACAUGAGGAAAAUGAUAAUAAAUGAGCAAUUGGGUUUUCUCUACAUCACUGGAAAUAAAGCUGAAGACGCUUGCACAAAGUUUAAAAACGAAGUGGAUUAUGACUGCAAACACAAAAAAGGAGAGUGGUGGUAUAAUCAGCUUAAUAGAUACUAUCGAAAACGCAGUGCAUGUUGGAAUGUGGUUUUAGAUGUCUUCGUGCAAAGACCCGCCAUCCUCGGUAAAGAGGCUGAAAGAUACCAGUAUACGCAUAUGGCUCUGCUCGGGUAUGGCACAGACAUGGACUCAGCUCUCUGGCUCUGCGGAGGCUCUGUGAUCAGUGAGCGCUACAUCCUCACGGCUGCCCACUGCAUGUCACAGCCCAGCGUAGGGCCCGUGAAGUACAUCGCGCUCGGCAUCCUCCGACGCUCCGACCCUCUGGACAAGUGGCAGAGGUACAAAGUGAGGAGGGUGGUACCUCACCCGGAGUAUAAGUCGCCUUCCAAGUACCACGACAUCGCGCUGCUCGAGACUGAUACUGAGAUUUCAUUCAACAAUGCUGUGCAUCCAGCGUGUCUACACACGAAGGGAGAGGCUGAUGACGUUCUGACGUUCACCGGGUGGGGUGCCCUGGGUCACAGACAGCCGCUAGCUGAUACAUUACAAACUCUGAACAUCUCAAGGUUCAGCGAAGAAGAAUGUAUGCAGCACUACCCCCCACACAGACAUCUACUGCAAGGAUACAAUCACACCACACAGAUGUGCUACGGAGACAGAGUGACCGUGGCUGAUUCCUGCGAGGGUGACAGCGGUGGACCACUUCAGUCAAAAACUCUAGACGAGCAUCGCUGCGUGACGACCGUGGUCGGAGUGACGUCAGCCGGAAAGCAGUGCGGCAUCACUGCUGGCUCCGGACUGUACACCAGGGUCAUACACUACGUGCCCUGGAUCGAGAGCGUCGUCUGGCCUUGAAGAGCAACGCCUGGGAAGACUGAAGCCUUAUCAUUAGAGCAAACUACAUUAUCAAAUAAAAUUAGCACUAACUGUGUAGCUAUCCAAAAGUGAAAUAUUUCCUCAAAUCGUUUCAGCAGCAUCGGAGCUUUUAGGGUACAAACUAACAAACAAAUGUUUGAUCUUUAUUACAUGACUAGCUGUUCCAACAAGAAUCGUUUAAACUUUCCCUAGAUCUCUACAAACAUUUUAAAACCAAAAUAAACCAAAUUGGUUUAGCUUUUCCCGAAUUUUAGAGGGACUAACGAACAGCAAUGCAUUUUUAUAUAUAAAAUACUAGCGACCCACUCCGACUUCGCACGGGAUAACAGUAUUUCCCCACUAUUUCAUGUAUGUUAU